AACCUGGCAAAAACGCCCGGCGUUGUGGAAGGACCAUCAAUACUGCUCUCAUGAGAAUCAGUCUGACAUUUUUAUCAGAGACAGGGACAGUGCUUACAAUCCCUUAAGAAUUGCAGAAAAUUGUGGGCACCUCCUAAUUAUGUUAAUAGCAAGUCUUUUAAAAAUGUGAUAUGAAUUAUAUUAGGAAUCCUCAAUAUCAGAGGGGGUUAUACAGCACAAGGGAGGCAGGCUGUCAGCUUGUGGGUCUGAGGAGCUGUCAGAGAGAGAGAGAGAGAGAGAGAGAGAGAGAAGGGGGGGUGCCAUAGAAAGAACGAGCGAGCGAGAGAGAUAGGUUAAGCGCAAGAGAACGCUUCUCUUCUCCAGAUGGUGUUUUAAACGCAGACAGACGGAUCAUUAGACAACACACCAGCUUCCAACCACUGACAACAACAAAAAAUAAACCAAAACGCGAGAUGGUGCAGAGAGAAGCAACGCAGAAUGUGUAGCAUCAGUUAGCUGGGACACGAAUGAUGUUUUUAAUGGACCGUUUUUUCGCGUUCAGUGUGGAGGGAGUUCGCGGCGAACAGUUGGAGUAUUAACGGGAAGAUCUCCGAAACACUCCCUAUCUGAUUCAUUUCUGCAGACAAGGACUUUCGGGAUUUACAAGAGACAAUAUUCCCUACACUUCUACUUGGAAACAUGGAGCAUCAGUGGCAAUAUUAAAAGAACACGGGACCACGGACAUCUACUGUGGAAUACAAUAUUAAAACCAAUCUGAAUUGGAGGACUUUGCAAUUUGUUUUUGUGAUUUGAGAAAUCGAAGCGAACUUUCUUUUUCGCCCUGUGCAUUUUUUCUAAGAAAUUUGUUAACACGUUUCAAGAUUUCGACAUUUUAAAGGAACGUAAUACCAAAGUCUCACUUUAAUACUAAAGCUUCGCUGUGGUCUAGCUUUGUAUGACAUAUUUUCGAUUUCUUGAAAUUGAAUUACCUCAUUAUUUAUUACUAUAGCGAAACGUCAGCAUCGCGUGCAAUCCAAAGGAGUUCAGAACUCUCUCUCAGACACUCUUUGAUAAAACAUUAUACAUAGCCUACGAUUCUUAUUCAUUUUGGAAAGUUCUCACUUUUUUCCAGUGAUAAUCGAGGCGUAAUAAUCUCGGUUUAUUUCUGAUUUUAUUUUUCGCGUGGAUUAUUUUUGCUGCAAAAACCUCAGUUUGACUUCGACCAUCAAAAGUAGCACAGGACAGAAGGCUGGAACGAUGCCAGAUUCACCUGCUGAUGUCAAAACCCAGCCCAGGUCAACUCCGCCCACAAUGCCACCUCCACCCCCAGCUGUCAGUCAGGCAGUCAAUCGCAAUGCAUCAUUCACACCUACAACAAUGCUGAACGGGAGCAGCCACUCUCCCACAGCGCUAAAUGGAGCUCCCUCGACCCCCAACGGCUUCAGCAAUGGACCGGCCACCUCCUCUACUGCUUCUCUGCCCACCCAGCAGCUUCCCCCUGCCUGUGGAGCCCGACAGCUCUGUAAGCUUAAGCGUUUUCUCACCACACUGCAGCAGUUUGGCAACGACAUCUCGCCCGAGAUUGGAGAACGUGUACGCAGCCUGGUGCUGGGGCUAGUGAACUCAACUCUAACUAUUGAAGAGUUCCACUCCAAACUUCAGGAAGCCACAAACUUUCCUCUGCGUCCCUUUGUCAUUCCAUUUCUCAAGGCUAACUUGCCCCUCCUGCAGAGGGAGCUGCUUCACUGUGCUCGGAUUGCUAAGCAGACCCCAGCACAGUAUCUGGCUCAGCACGAACAGUUGCUGCUGGAUGCCAAUGCCAGCUCUCCCCUGGACUCCUCUGAGAUCAUGCUGGAACUCAAUGAGCAUGGCAAGAGACGUACCCCGGACAGGACCAAAGAGAGUGCAGGGGACAGGGAUGGCUUGCACCCAGAGCACCUGGCCAAACGUCCAUGCACAGUGAGCCCCAGUCAGCGCUUCAGCCCCAGCAGUGGUUUACCUGCUCACCCUCCCCCCAACGGCCUACCGACGCAUCCACCCAAUGGCCUUCCACAUCCUAACCCUCCUGCCCCACAGCAUUACCGUUUGGAAGACAUGGCACUCGCCCACCACUACAGAGAUGCUUACAGACACGCAGAGCACAGGGAUGUCCGGGAUCGUCACCGGCAGACAGCCGUGCAUGGAGCACGUCAAGAGGAAGUGAUUGAUCACCGGCUGACAGACCGCGAGUGGGCUGAGGAAUGGAAGCACCUCGAUAACUUGCUGAACUGUAUAAUGGAUAUGGUGGAGAAGACGCGGCGCUCUCUCACCGUGCUGCGACGCUGCCAGGAGGCUGACCGCGAGGAGAUGAACCACUGGAUCCGUCGCUAUAGCGAUGUGGAGGAUAUGAAAAAAGGUGGGAGCUCCGCCCAGCGGCCUCCUCCUCUUCCUCCCCACCACAACUCUUCCUCCUCCAACACUCCUAACAGCAGCGACACACAGCCGCUAGGUACAUGCACCGUUGCAGAUACAGCCGCAGAAAUUCACAGAGACUUCCUGCACCGUCCCCCAUCAGGCUACCUGCCCGAGGAGAUCUGGCGGAAGGCUGGUGCUACAAGUAUCCCGCUCUCGCCAGCAUUAAAGCAACUUCAGAACAAGCAGGAGGAGGCAGUAAAUGAAGUGAAGAGACAGGCCAUGUCAGAGCUGCAGAAGGCGGUGUCGGAUGCUGAGAGGAAAGCUCACGAGAUGAUUUCUGCUGAGCGCUCCAAGAUGGAGAGAGCUCUGGCCGAGGCUAAGAGACAGGCCUCUGAGGAUGCGCUGACUGUCAUUAACCAGCAGGAGGACUCCAGUGAAAGCUGCUGGAACUGUGGUCGCAAGGCUAGUGAGACAUGCAGCGGAUGCAACACAGCGCGCUACUGUGGUUCUUUCUGCCAGCAUAAGGACUGGGAGAAGCACCAUCAUGUAUGUGGCCAGGGCCUGUCCGGGAGUAGCAGCGUGCCACUUGGGACACCAUCUACCACCUCCAUCUCCUCCUCAUCUAGCGUGCCCCCCACACACUCAGAGAGCACCCCUCCAGGCCCCCUGUCCCUAGUGGGGCAAACCAGCAGCAGUGGCAGUCCUAAAGAAGCGAGCUCCAGCAGUGUUUCUCGCUCAACCACUCCAGCAACACCUGCCCUGAUGGAUUCCUCAUCCCGUUGACUGAUGAACCCCAAAUCUUAACCAAUGCCCAGCCACGUCUACUGCUGCUACAGCAUCCUUCAUCCAAAACAAGCUGAGGAACCUCCCCCAUACUUAGCCAUCCUCUCAAAAUGAACUACGGCAACCUGACUUCCACACCUGCAUUAAGAUCUUGUUUUCUCAAUCUCCAAAAAAAACAUCAAGGUUCAGAUUCCUUCACAAAAUGAUCUACUGUGUUUAAUUCAACAUGAGCAGGGUCUGUUAUACUGGAUGGCACCAAGAAAGCCAGGAAAAUACAUAUAGUUACACGUUACAUGUUUUAUUCAUGUAUAAGACAAUUUUAGGCAUAGCCUCAGUUACCUACACCCUUUAAGUGAGAUGUGCUCUGUGUGAAUUGGGAUGGCACCAUACUCUGAACAUGUCUUGACCCAGGUAGGACUAAAUAUAUGUAGGAUGGAUUCCUCUGAAAUGACGACAGCUGCCACUGCGGGAUGUCAAUAAUGGACAAGAGCUCGUUGCCACUCGGAAAAUCUUCCACAGUGCUACUUCCUCACAACAUGACAUUGCAUUUCAUUUUUUGGCUUUAAUUAAAACAAAAGAAAAGUCCAAAAAUACAAAAGAAAUAAUAAUGAUGACGAUAAGAAGAAGAAUAAAACCUGUUAACUACCUUGCUAGCGAGCCAAGAAAAUCUACACCAGACUCACCUCUCUGUACUGACGUGAACCCAAAUGAAUUUUAAGUGAAUUAAAAAGAACAUGAUCCAAACCUUUUUACUACACUGCCAAAGUUACUAAGAAGCACUCAUCUUGUAACCAAACGCAAACAACUUCACCUCCUCAGCAGUAAAGCCAGCUCAGAGUUCCACAGUCUGUGGAGAGGUGGCAUAGUGACAAGACACUUAGACCUUCACUGUGCCCACUGUGCAGCCCACUCAGAUCCUGAGGAACACAGACUUUAGCCCAGAUCCAUCGCUAUGGCAAGGGAGGGUCAUACCUGGGAUGUUUAAAGCACGUCACCCAGUCCGCCGCAAAGAGAAAUGACAUGAAAACAAAAGAGAAGGCGAGGAUGAGUGAACGAAGAGAAACAGAUUGGCCUCAAAAGGAAAGAUGAAUGGCAAUGGAACUGCCAAAAACCUCAUUGGAUUGUACACUAAGAAUGAGCCUUUUCCUUUCGUUUGGUUUUCCUAAAGCUCUCUGAAUGCUGAGACAUUUCAUUUUGUUGUACGAUUUCAUUCUCCCUCUUUGCAAAGCAUGACAAGACUGUAGUCUCACCAGACUGGCGUAGACUUGGUUCUCUUUUCUCUCGCUCUUUCUACCUCCCCCCAUCUUCUAUAUGUUCAUCCCUUUUGUCUCCUGACAGAACCUCUAAGCAGAUAUCCAUGAAGGGAUCAAACGUUGCUUGUAGAUAUUAAUUUCUGUUUCUGGAUGUCUCUGUCUUCAAAAUCUGCUUGUGUGCGUACUCAGAACGAGGAACGUUUUUUUUCUUUGUCUUCUUUUAGGUUUCAGCCGAACAUUGGACAGAAAAAGACACUCUAAUGGGAGAGAAGCUGUGUUGUACCUAUUGUUUGAUUUGUUGUAUCAAUAUUGAUGAUGAGAAUCCUCAUGUAGAAUAUUUUAUAUUGCUCGCAUUGUAAGACAGUGAGAGAACAGAGGUGCAAUAUGAAAAGAGAAUUCAGCUACUGAAUGGAACCUCAGAAACGGCCCAUAGGGUAUCUUAUAAUAUAAAUAUACAUAUAAAUAUAUCUAAAAUUACCACAGUAAAUUAAUGUGAAUGUACAUAGUAUUUAAAAAGAGGUCCAAAAAUGAGUUUGCCAAAUAACAGAAACCUUUAAAGUAUAAUGUCUAGAAUUUAAUUUCUCUCCAUUUAUUAUUUUCUGUCUGAAUGAUCGUUUUACAGCGUCUGUUGUAACAGUGGAGGAGGAAGUGGUGUUCACAUCACUGCUCGUGUAGAUAACUGCCUGAGGACUCUGCUUACGGACAUGUUGGGCGAGACGUUUUUUUAGCCAUAAGCGUGUCGAAACAAAUGGCAUCACAUUUUUACGACACUCCAAACCACAAUAGACUGACCUAGCUCGCCCCUCUGAGAAGUUCCCAGACUGGCAUUUGGGAGGGAAGCCGUAGAAUCUGUGUGAAACAUUGCCAUCCUUUGGGCCAAAGUGUCACUGCAGCAGUGACGGCGCUACACCGGGGCUGGGGAGUAUAGACCCCGUCAGAAUUUUUAAUAGCCCUGGUUUAGCACCAUUUCUUUAUGACGUAACUCUGACGUCAUCAAUAUUAUUUGUUUUCUUAGCCCUCCACACAUAUUGGUCUAGCCCCCCCUUAGCACCGGUAGAGAAAAAAUUCUGGCGCCUGCCUGCACUGCAGUGGUCCAAUGUAUAAUUUGCACACACAAACACACAUGCAUGCACAUACAAUCACAAAACCAAACCCUUGAUUAUCAAUUAUCCAGCAAACACUAUCUGGUUCUCAUCUGGUUUUCCUUAAGUAACCAGAUUUUACUUUGGACAUCAGAUUGUGAUCCAACAUAGUACCGAAACAUAACCCGUAUUUAUUAUAGUCUGGAAAAUAUCAAUAGAAGUUGCUGUGUGCCUCAAGCAAGCUCUGCUGAUCCCAACAUUCAUGUUCCUUAAGGGUUGCUUGUGAUGGCAGUUACAAUGGACAAGACUACCCCUCCGUGUAAUAAUACUUAGAAUUUUGCCAGCAGCUUACACUUGCAGCCCUGUUUACAGCCGUUGUUUUGGUCAGUUAUAAUUUUCUGCAGUCUAAUGAAAUGCCAAUUUUAUUGAUUACGUGGUGCACUUCUGAUACGGACCAAACUUGAAAGACCUGCUUGUUGCUCAUUCUAUUUUGGUGUUGCUUUAGGCAUGAGGUGGGUUGAUGGUUUAAUUUUUCACAUGGCAUAAGCGGAUGAUCUAUUAUCGGAUUUCUAAAGUAAUAUAUGAACUCAUCCAGAAAAUAACAGUAACACAUGAUCCCGAACUAGUGAAUUACUAGAGCACAAGUCUGAUGAAUAGGUCUCUCUCUCUCUCUCCCCCUACAUUUUGAGGAGGAUUUUUCAUACACCAUCCUCCCUUUCCUUACUAGCUACCUCCUGUACACAAAUCCAAGACAGUUUAAAUGAAUGAAACUAGCAGACAUGCAAAUAUAACAUCCUGCUCGAGGUAUACAAAACAUUUCAGCAUAGAAACUCAAUUUGUUUUUUUUUUUUGUUUUUUUUUUGUUUGUUUGUUUUUUUUCACAUUUUCAUGUCUAUACAAGUGAUGGGCUAACAAAGUCCUCUUUUUCAUGGGCUGUUAUAGAACAUAUUAAGCCAAAAACACUCUAUAGAAGUAUGUAGCAAUGCAAAAGCAUGCACUCUUGUGUUACUGUUGUGUUACUGCGACAGUAACAAACCUCAGUUCUCAAGGGUGUGAUGGAGUUUCUUUCAAAUAUCUGUGCCGUUAAAUAGGAUGUGUUAUUAUUCAGGUUGCUAAAUGUUGGCAGUUGAAACCAACUUUAACUAACUUGCACAGCAAAAUUCUCUUUAAACUGUUGCUCUGCCAUGACUUCAGUUUACCUGACUGUACAGUAGAAGAGUGUUUACGUUCAUGCACGCUAUUGCGCCCCCUGUGGCAACUCUUAGAACUGUGUCAUGAACUGUGUUCUGACACAUUCGGAAUGCAACAAUGAAUGAAAUUGAGUUUGCGUAGUUGUACUAGCUUAGAAUGUUUUGAGCCCUGAACAUAAACAUAUAUCAUAAAUAUCCAAAACGAUAAAAGCACAGACCAAAGCAUAACUGCGCAUCCAUAGAAGCCGUUUGGACAUUGAGUCACCUAAAAAAAAGCCUGAACAUGGGUGAGCGGCAAUGCCCAUAAACCAAAGUGUACAAAAUGACCAUGUUGAAAGCAGAAGAUGAUAGUAUACACAUCAUCGGUACUAUAAUUCCAAGCCAGGGGAGUGCUUGUUCCUGGCAUCCAAAGCAUUAAAUAAGAUUACAAAUGCUUCUCUAACAUUUAAACCAACCUUGCUCAAAGAUUUCAUUAUGGGAAUGCAUGAGUGUGAUUGAGACAUUAAAAAAUAAAUAAAA